AUGACUGUUCCUGAGGCUAGUCGGCCUGUCGAAUUGCGGGCGGAUAUACACACACAUGUCGAAUUGAGACCCCAGGGCAAAUACGAUGUCGAUAGUGUCGAGUCAAUUGAGCCAUGGUAUCCUGGUCGGCGUCGUCAGAUGCUUCGCGCGCGUGCGCUCAUCUCCCGCCGGCUUCAAUCUCCAGAAAUAGGCCGUGCCAGCAGGGCCAGGCACUUGACCGGUUCCGCCACCAACCCUCCUGGCUGUCUCCAACAUGGCCUGGCUGCAAUUUCCCUGUGCGCCACCAUUGGCUCCAGACGCUCAGAUGAGAUGCCCUUCAGGCCUAGCGGGCCAAAUCCAGGAACCAAGCAAGAGUAG